AUCAAACCGUUAUUCCCACUCGGCUUCGUCUUUCGGUUUAGCGCUUGGCAGUUGCUUUUUCGCAUCGCCGUGGUGCACUAUCGGAAGAUGGCGGCAUUUCGAUAUACGCACGCCGUUGUCAGCCGCUUGCCAAUCUCGUUGCGGAAUCGGGGCGAAAUCGAAUUGGAAGAGGCGAAAAAACAACAUGAAAAUUACGUUAGAUUAUUACGGGAAAUUGGACUCGAUGUCAUCGAGUUGCCACCUGAUGAGGCUAUGCCCGAAUGUGUUUUUGUGGAGGAUACAGCUGUGGUCUGUAACGGGACGGCUCUGAUUGCCCGACCAGGUGCGGCACAUAGGACGCGAGAAGUAGAAACUAUUCGGGUAGUUUUAAAGAAAGAGUUGGAUUUACCUAUUAUUGAAAUGUCGGAUGCUAAAGCUAGAUUAGAAGGCGGAGAUGUAUUAUUCACAGGUCGAGAAUUUUUUGUUGGAAUCUCACAAUGGACCAAUGAAGCAGGAGCUAGGGCCGUUGCGGCUGCAUUCCCUGAGUACCCUUGUACGCCUAUUAAGGUUCCAGAAUCAAAACAUCUAAAAUCCAUUAUAACAAUGGGUGGUCCAGAUUUAUUAUGUGUGGGAGCGGGAAAAGAAGCUCAAGAAGUGUUAAAAAGAAUGGAGAGGGAAGCUACUUUUAGUUAUGGAAUUAUAACUUUACCCGAAGAUGAGGCAGCUAAUGUAUUAUAUUUAAACGGGACUCUUGUUCAUCGCAACGUGGAAGAAAUACCACUUUCUUCUAAGAUAUUCAGUGAGAAAGUAGACUAUCCAAGAAGAUCAAUCAACUUUUCGCAGCUAGCCUCGAAGUCGUGCGGUUUGACAUCAAGUUGUAUACUAGUUCGAAGGACCCGUCAUUUAAGGAACCUCUAAAUUGAAUAUGACCUUAGAAAUAGUUCCACUGUUUCAUGUGUUCAGACAAGUUGCUGUGACUAUUAAUUUGCAGCAAAAUAAAUAUUUUACCUGGCUGUUGAUGUGCUACCAAAGUCGUACAAAACUUUAAGUAUUAUUUGAAAUUGUCAUUCCAUGAAUAUUUUUCAAUGUUUUAAAAUUAGUUUAGAUAAUAUAGUAUGGCAGUUAGUUAGAUUAUGUUAAUAUAUAUGGUUCAGUAAAAGCUUAAACACUAUAUAGUCAAUGUAUACAUUUACGAAGUACCUAUGUUACUCAAAAUAUAAAUUAAAUAUGAGAACGUAUACAUCCACUAGUUAAUGCAUACAUUUACUAAAGCACUGUAGUGAAAGAAUAAAUUAAUAAAUAACUAUAAAAUAGUUAUAAUUUGGUAUACCUAAUAAACAUAAAUUCAAUUUAUUAAAACUGUGCGAGAACUUGACCGUGCUAAGUAAACAGAGCCGUAUUAAGGUAUUAAUAAAAAUAGUAAUGGACU